AUGGUGUGGGAGCCGAGCAGAGGGCAGCGGCCGGCGGCCCCGCACCCACACCCGCACCCGCCGCGGGGCUGCACCUCAGGGGCAGGGACAGGGGCAGCGAGGCGCCUGGAUUCCUCCAGAGUCAGCCUCGGUGCUGCUGCUGCACACGUUUCCUCCUCGUCCUCCUCCUCCUCUCCGCUCCCCAACCCCCUGAGCCACACCGGCGGCGGCAACAGUUGGAACAGCGAUUCCAAUUCCUUGCUCCUGAGGAGACGACUCAGGAGGAACCUCUCCACCACCACCACCACCACCACCACAGCGGCGGCGGCGGCGGGAGGCGCCUCUUCCUCCGGCAGCACCCGCAGCCUGGACCGUAAGAACAUGGUGGGCUUGAAGCACAGGCUGCUGACCCUGGCGGACAGGGAGUGGGUGAGGGCGGACUCGCAGAGGGGUUGUCUGCACCUGUACGACAGGCACAUGUCUUCUUACCUGCGGCCGCUCCUGUGCACACUGCAGACCACAGCGUCCGAAGUGGCCGCCAGACUGCUCCCCCACCCCGGCCACCCGGGGGGGGGGAGGGCGGCCCCGAGGGACGGUGUCGGAGCGGCCAAACUGGGAUCGUUGGACAGCAUUGUUGGAGGGAGGAUCGGGGCAAUGAGGACUGUUGGUGCCGGGUCCGGGUCUGGGUCCGGGUCCGGGUCCGGGUCUGGGUCGGCUUUGCUGGGCGGGUCAGGCCAGGCAGACGCUGCUCGUGCCAGGCCAGGAGCUUCCUCAGGCAUUGCUGCUCCCAGGCAGGUCACUGCUAAUGGGAAGCUGAGGCCACUGGGCACUGCAGGGCAGCAGUCAAAUACUGAUACUGCCAGACACAGGCACGGGAAUGCUGCUUUUACAAGGCUGGGGCUGUCACUGCACACCGACAGUGCCACACAGGGCAUUGCCACACACAUGAAUCCUGCAAGUGCCAGACAGGGGAACGCUUUUAUAACCACUGUCGGAGAGGGACCAAACUCUGAUACUUCUGGGCUCAGGUUGGACAAUGGUUCCGCGAGAGUUGGAUCACCAAACAGUGCCACUGUCAAGUUGGCGACGGUAGACCGCGCCGCUGCCGGGCGCAGACCGUCGCUGGACAGCAGCGUAACGAAAAGCGAGCACGCAAACGGCGAUGCGACAAGUGGUGCGGUUGUCAAAGCGGAGUCUCUGGACUAUUACUCCAGAGCCGAGGUGAGGCGAGACAUUCUUUCCAGCAAACAGGAGCUGGCGGUCAGCGGGAAUGUCAGGGCAAAGCCUGACGACACCUGUAUUUCAGGAAUGGGGCCAACAGACGUCACGUUCACAUCUAUGCUGUACGUUCAACUUCACGGUGAAACUGCCAGGAGACUGGAGCCGCAUGAAAAUCCCCUUAAAAUACAAAACGAGUACCUUUUUAAACUGGGAUUUAAAGAUCCUUGCAGGGUGCAGGAAGAAGGCAUGGAUGUUGAGAUUGGCUGUCUAAUACGAUUUUAUGCAGGGAAACCUUCCAGCAUUGAUCAUCUGGAGCGGAUCCAGCUGUCCGGGCUGUUCAACGUUCGGAAAGGGAAGAUGCAGCUUCACAAAUGGACCAAACGCCAGGUCAUCCUGUGUGGAACCUGCUUGAUAGUUUCCUCUGUGAAGGACAGCCACUCGGGGAAAAUGCACGUGCUACCAUUGAUCGGGGGAAAGGUGGAGGAAGUGAAGAAGCAUCAGCACUGUUUGGCUUUCAUGUCAUCGGGACCACAGAGUCAAACCUACUAUGUCAGCUUUGAUAGCUUCCCAGAAUAUUUACGCUGGCUUCGACAGGCUUCAAAGAUUGUUUCCCAGAGAAUCAGCUCCGUGGACCUAUCGUGCUGCAGUUUGGAGGCGCUGCCAAGUAAUCUCUUUUACAGUCAGGACUUGACUCACCUGAACCUGAAACAGAACUUCCUUCGGCUGAAACCGUGUCUUGGAGCAAGUGGAGGUCUGAGCGACCUUCAGAGGUUCAUGAAGUUGAGAAGUCUGAAUUUGUCCAAUAAUCACAUGGGAGAGUUUCCUCUCGCUCUCUGUGAUAUUCCAACGCUUUCGGAGCUCAACCUUUCCUGCAACGCCCUCCGAUCGAUCCCACCGGCAGUCGGCAACAUGAAUAACUUGCAGACUUUUUUGCUGGACGGCAACUCCCUGCAGUUUCUCGCCCCAGAGCUGGCAAAUCUGCAGCAGCUGACGUACCUGAGCCUGUCCUUUAACCAAUUCACACACAUUCCAGCCGUGCUGGAGAAACUAACCACUGUGGAGAAGCUGUGCAUGUCCGGCAAUGGCCUGGAGACCCUGAGCCUGCAGAAGGUGGGCAGGAUGCCACACAUCAAACAAGUAGAUUUAAGACUCAAUUGCAUCACCAAGCUGGAUACUGCGGAUAUGGAUAUCUUGCCAUAUGUUACGCAUCUAGAUCUGCGGGACAACAAAUUGACUGACCUUGAUGCCUCUGUGUUUGGCAACAUUGAGGUUUUGCACUGUGAACGAAAUCAACUGUCCAGCCUUAAAGUCAGUGGGUAUCUGCUGAAGAAUCUAUUUGCUGCUACAAAUAGCCUUGUGUACAUUGAUGUUUAUCCAGUCCCCAACAACCUUACCUUCAUGGAUGUAUCAAGGAACCGACUGGACCUCUUACCCGAUUGGGUUUGUGACAGUAAAAAGCUGGAAGUCUUGGAUGUGGGCCACAAUCGGAUCUGCGAGCUGCCUGGAAAGUUGUUCUGUAACGGGAGCUUGCGCAAACUACUGGCAGGUCACAACCAACUCCGGAAACUUCCGGAACGACUUGAGCGGACGCAGGUGGAGGUCCUCGACAUCCAGCACAAUCAAUUAACCGAGUUGCCCUCUAACCUUUUCCUGAAAGCUGACGGCUUGCGAUGUCUGAACGUUUCAGCAAAUAAAUUAGAAAUGCUUCCUCCCUCCUGCCUGUCUGAGGAGAGCCACAGUGUACUACAAGAGCUGUAUCUCAGCAAUAAUUCUCUCACGGAUAAAUGUGUGCCACUACUGACCGGUCACACUUAUCUUAAAGUCCUGCACCUCGCUUACAACCGGCUCCAGAGCUUUCCAGCCAGUAAAAUGGCAAAGCUGGAAGAGUUGGAAGAAAUGGAUCUCAGCGGGAACAAACUGAAGGCCAUUCCUACCACUAUCAUGAACUGCAGGCGUCUGCACACAGUCAUUGCACAUUCCAACUGUAUCGAAGUCUUUCCUGAAGUCAUGCAGCUCUUAGAAAUUAAGUGCGUUGACCUGAGCUGUAAUGAGCUGAACGAGAUCACGUUGCCCGAAAAUCUGCCACUGAAACUACAGGAACUAGACCUGACUGGAAACCCCAGGCUAGUUCUGGAUCACAAAACUCUGGAGCUGCUGAAUAACAUCCGUUGCUUCAAGAUAGACCAGUCGGCCACAUCCUUUGCAGUUGGUGAGGCGUCUGGUGCCCCAGCUGUGUGGAGUCAUGGAUACACAGAAGCCUCAGGAGUGAAAAACAGGUUGUGUGUAGCCGCCUUAUCGGUGAAUAACUUCUGUGACAACAGAGAGGCUUUGUACGGAGUAUUUGACGGUGAUCGGAAUGUGGAGGUGCCCUACCUCCUGCAGUGCACCAUGAGCGACGUGUUGGCAGAGGAAUUGCAGAAGUCAAAGACCGACGAGGAAUACAUGACCAACACCUUCCUGGUCAUGCAGAGGAAACUUGGAACUGCUGGACAGAAGCUGGGCGGCUCCGCUGUGCUUUGCCACAUUAAACAUGAUCCCAUGGAUCCCUCUGGUUGUUUCACACUGACCGCAGCCAAUGUUGGGAAGUGCCAAGCUAUCCUGUGCAGAGAUGGCAAACCCCUGCCUCUUUCAAAGCUGUAUACUGUGCGCUGUGAAGAAGAACUGCAGCGGAUUAAACGUCACAAAGCCAUGGUCACUGAGGACAAUAAAGUCAAUGGGGUGACAGAUUCCACGAGGAUCUUGGGCUACACGUUCCUCCAUCCCUACGUUGUUCCUCGGCCUCACGUUCAGUCCGUCACCCUCACGCCGCAAGACGAAUUCUUCAUCCUGGGCAGCAAGGGUCUGUGGGACAGUAUCUCCUAUGUGGAAGCUGUGGAGUCCGUGAGGAAUGUGCCUGACGCUCUGGCUGCUGCCAAGAAGCUGUGUAGUCUGGCCCAGAGCUACGGCUGCAACGACAGCAUCAGUGCGGUGGUGGUGCAGCUCAAUGUCAGCGAAGACUGCUUUUGCCUUUGCGAUAUGAAUGGUGUCCCGCCUCCAAGUCCAGGCAUUUUCCCUCCUUCAGUGAGCGAGGUGAUAAAGGACCGGCCCACGGAUACUCUGGGGAUGCCAUCUUCCAGCAGCGGGGUGGCCUCGGAGAUCAGCAGUGAAAUCUCCACCUCGGAAAUGAGCAGCGAAGUGGGCUCCACGGCCUCCGACGAGCCCCCCCAGGUGACGCUGGCUGAGGGGGGAUCGGUGUUUCACGGCGAGCAGCGCUGCAUGCUGCACCCCGUGUGCCUGACCAACUCCUUCCAGCGCCAGCUCUCCAGCGCCACUUUCUCUAGCGCCUUCUCGGACAACGGGCUGGACAGCGAGGAUGAGGAGCCCAUCGAGGGCGUCUUUUCCAACGGGAGCCGAGUGGAGGUGGAGGCCGACAUCCACUGCACCCGGGCCAAGCAGACGGAGAAGAUGGUGCUGCACUCGGCCUCCGAAACCUGCGACGAGGGGAUCGUCAUCAGCGCCAACGAGGACGAGAGCUCGGAGAAGGCGGUGCUGAAGGCCCACGAGGAAAGCGACAGCCAGCAAGCGGAGGCCUCUGCCACGGGAACCAUCGGACGCAGGCGGGGAAACGGAUCUGUUGCCCCACCAGAGAAGAGCCACAAUUUAAUCGAGGUGGCGGCAGAUCCCCCCCUGAAGAAGGGCGGAGGCUACUUCGCUGCCCCCGCCCAGCCGGACCCUGACGACCAGUUCAUAAUCCCACCAGAACUAGAGGAGGAAGUGAAGGAGAUAAUGAAACAGCAUCAGGAGCAGCAGCAGAGACAGUAUCAGCUGGAGCAGCUCCCAGAUUGCUAUGAUACACCUCUAUGACCAGGAGCGAAACUAUUAUUUUCACUGACCUUGAGCCUUAGGAGCUCAAAGCAUCUUACUUUUCAACAGAGACUGGACAGGUUUUGUGAGAUCUCGUCCCCGUUCCUAAUCUUUCUCCCCGUCUCACUUUACCCCGCUCCUCCCCAGUUACACACACUGACAUGAGCAGCCAUUCUUUGUGAGUUUUUUUUAAAAAGAAAUCAUCACUUUGUUCUGUUGUUACUGAUUUAACCGUUUUAAGAACUAAAUAAUGGAUUAGUAUCAGUUUUGCUAGAGCAUAUCAUUUCUGUAAGACAAUGGUUUAGUGUAUCGCGUGGAGAGGCAGAUUUUUCUUAAACCAUCGAGCAUUCGUUAGAAAACAGAGAAGCAUAAGUAUUAAGAAUGAUUGAUUGUAGUUCAUGAUAUAAAUGUGGUCUUGCUAAAAUCAUGGCUUUUUUUCCAAAAAAAAGCGACUGUCAUAGAGAUUUGUAGACAUUAAAGACUAACUCCUAGGAGUUGCAAACUCAUUAAUGUGACCUAGUCACUGAUAUUUACUAAUCUUCUCUGAGAGAACAGCUGAUUUCAGAAAUUAUUGUAAAUAGUUUGAAUGUUGUAUAAUGAUGAGAGUCAACACAAAGUUCCCGAGCAGUCUUUAUCUGGAAAAGCAUUUAAAAGGUUUUAUUUUCCUUGUCGUCUUCAAGAAGUUGAUGAGUGAUGGGAUUACUCAGUGUGAAAACUGCCUGGCUAUGGUUUGUUCAAGGACUGUUUUUUUGUCAGCUGGCCUGUUGUCACACUUGAAUUUCUCUCUUCAUGUCUUCUGCUGCUCAACAGCAUGACUGUGUCGAUGUUAUCACCAGGAAACAAAAAAAAUUAUAUUACAAAGGAUACACGAGCAGAUAUGUUAAUACAAUUUUGUUUAAAAUAAAUCUACAAUUUAAACAAA